AUGGCGGAACAGUCGAGCAGUUGGGUGAACCCGGCAGUGGCUACGUUUCAGACACAGCGUACGAUGACGCAGGCACCAGCUGUCCGCGCCGUGCAGGAGGUGUACUGGCAAGACAAGGCUCAGAACAAAAGAGCCCCGCCGACGCCGGUCGCGAGCGCUGCGCAGACGCCGCAGGAGGACGCACAACCGGCCUUGGAUCGUCCGACUUUGGUACAGCCAUGGUCGCUGGAAGACCACACCGCAUCCCAGAUCGUGGCAUCGGAGUAUGGAGUUGACAUCAAUCAGUCAGGUUCUGUGGAGCAGUGGCUUGCAACGCCAGUUCAGACCAACAAAGACGUGAUGUCUCUGGAACUGGCAUGGAUGGCAGCGGACAACAGACAGAGCCAGAAGCAUUGUGCCCUACAGAUUAUCACUAGUGGAUGGCCGCAAGGAAUGGGUCCACAAGCCAGGGAGUACAUGCUCACAUGGAUGCUCCAGCAGGUGCCAGCUAUCAAGACGUUCCUGGAAGGCCGUGGGCAUUUGGACACGCUCACAGAGGACCAAGCCGCACGCUGGAUGAAUGUUUUGUCAGUGGAUCCCGUGACCAUACCGCAAGGACAAGACUUCUGGUCCGGGAUGACCCUUCUCACUUUCAAGAGCUUCUCUCUGAGGUCUUCUUUCCUUGAGAAGUUUGGUGGUCAAGGAGGGACGCCGGUCUACUCCAAUCCGACCACACCUAUCCAAGGCAGACACGUCCGUGUCAGCCCUUGCAGCCCUCAGUGGCAGCGAAAGCUGGAAUCGCCGUUGAGAGUGCUGAUUUCAGUUUUGAACCAGCACCCAGAUUACACUGGACAAACGCUGGUCAUAUUGUGGAAGACGUUGACAUUGAUGCAGCCAAGCACUGAUCGUGGUUUCAACGGUGAUGUGCAAGCUUGGGGCCGCCUUUUCUACUCGGAAGUGAAUGGGGAGUUCAAAGGCAGGCUCGAGAUCACACCGCCCAUGAAAACAGCUAUGGGUGACACCCGCGACCACACCGCCAUCACAGGCAAAGGUGUGAACCGUGGCAAGGGGCGCCGCCGCUGGAGCCAGGCCCUCAUCCACAAUGACUACUACUCUCCUUAUCCAUUCUCAUUGGAGCUCAGCGUUGUUGACCAAAUCGCCUUCUGCUGGGACGAGUAUUGCCAGAAAACUGGCAAACAGGAAGAGUGUGUGGGAGACCUUGGAGUGGCGACCUACCAAGGAAAGCCACCGCUCCCCACAAAGCCUGCAGACAGCUCAGGACAUCAUGAUGAUGGAGGUGAUGUGGUGAUGGGCCCUCCUGCAACCACACCGCCACAGGCCAAGUCUUCAGCAGCAGCUCCCAAGAAGGGAACCAAGAAAGGAGCAGGAAGGGCUGGGCAGAACUGA